AUGGCGGCGGCGGCGCUGGAGCGCGCGCUGUGGGAGGCCGCGGCGGCGCUGGAGCGGGACGGGGAGGGGGCCGCGGCGGCGGUGGGUGCGGUGCGGGCCGCUCUGGUGGCGGCGGGGGGCCCGGCCGCCCUCGGGGAGCGGGAGCGGGCGCUCUUCGGCGCCUUCCUGUGGAGCCUGGCCCGGGCGUCCCGCGCGGCGCGGCCCGAGGGCGUGUGGCAGAGCUGCUUCCUGGAGGGCCCGCCCGGCCUCGCCCUCUGCGUCCUGCUGGAAACCCUCGCCUCCCCGGGUCCUAGCUUUCAUCCGAGGGAGGUCGUUGAGGUACUGGAACAGUUCCUGCAGGAGGGGCGGAUUUCAGCUCUGAUGUGGGAGGUCUGUCAGCAGCAAGCACAGGCUGGCUCACCUGAGCUGCAAGAGGCCCUGCUCAACAAGGUUGUAUGUUUGCCUGAUCACGUGAGCAAUAAACUCCAGGGGAAAAACCCACCAGUGUUCUUCCCACAGAACUACUUUCCUCUCCUGGGUGGUGCAAUUAUCCAGGUGCUGCAGAAGAUCUCCGAUUCUCUGAGAGGUGGCUUGGAUUGCUCAAUCUCUUUUGUUUCUCAUGUCCUGGGGAAGGUAUGCAUUCAUGGGAGACAAAAGGAAAUUCUGAGCGUUUUGGUACCCCGCCUAACUGAUCUCACCAAGUCAGACUGCAUAUGGCAAAGAAUAUGCUGGCGAUUGGUUGAAUGUGUGCCAGACCGCUGGAUGGAAGCAGUGGUCCUUGGUUUUGUGCAGAGAGCACCUGGGGCAGAUGUCUUGUCUAGGUUGCUGGGGAACCUGGUUGUGAAAAACAGGAAAGCUCAGUUUGUGGUGACACAGAAGGUGCUGCUCUUGCAGUAUGGCCACACGACUGCUGUGCUACAGAACCUCCUUGGCUACCUGUCCCUGGAUAGCCUUCGGCGUGCCUUAUUGAUCAAAGUGCUGCAAGAACUGUUGGAGACCUGGGGCAGCAGCAGUGCUGUGAAACACUCUCCACCUGAGCAGCAGCAGUAUAUUAGCAAGGCCAUCCUUAUCUGCCUCUCCCACCUGAAGGAGCCUGAAAUCGAGAGCUGCAGACAAGAGCUUCUUACAAGCAUGAUGGAGGGUGUGAAAUGCCACUUGGACAGCAAUCGGCCACAAAUACGGCGUCUGGGAAUGAUUGUGGCAGAGAGCAUUAGUUCGAAAAUAAACACUGAUGGGCCUGUCCUGAAGUUUCAGUAUGAAGAAGAUGAUGAAGCAAGAGAAUUGAAGUCCCUUUUGGUGCAGACUCCACCUCUCUGUGUUGUCCCCAGCCUUCCAGAUGAUGACAGGAAUGAGAAAGCAGAUGCUGCACUGCCAUCGGAGUUGGAAAGUAACAAGAAAUCACAUACAGCAGCCACUGUGAUGCCAGAUGAGGAGUCGGAUGCUGAGCUUGACAGUGAUGAUGACCUUAUCCCUUAUGACAUGUCAGAGGAUAAGGAACUGAAGACUAAGGCUCCUGUGUAUAUCCGAGACUGUAUUGAAGUCCUGACAGGGUCUGAAGAUGUGGACAAAUGGGAAGCUACAAUCAAGGCUCUUGAGAGCUUGGUUCGAAAGAAUCCAGCAGCAACAAGAGAGGUUAGCAUGGAGCUGGCAAAAAUCCUAUUGCAUCUGGAGGAGAAGACCUGCAUUGAAGGCUUUGUGGAGCUCCGUCAGAGAGCUCAAGUCGCUGUUUUAACCACAGAUCCAAUACCUGUAGCAAAGUACUUGACCUCCCAGUUCUACUCUCUGAACUACAGUCUUCGUCAGCGCAUGGACAUUCUCGAUGUACUGGUUUUGGCAGCUCAGGAACUGUCCUGUCCCAAAUCCCAUGGGAAGACCAAGCAUUCUGCUGCCCAGAAACCUUGUAUCCAGCUCCUUCCUGGAAGUGACAGCUCUAAGGACUGGAGAAGAAUUGUUGAUGAGAGGAUCAAAAGCAAGACUCGGAGAUUUGCUACGGGCCAGUCUCAAGUGGAAGUGGCUUCUGGCCCAAAUGAGUUCAAUUCUGUUGCUGGGCACUUCUUUUUUCCAUUGAUUCAGCACUUUGACAGGCCUCUGACAACAUUUGAUCUCCUGGGGGAAGAUCACUUUGUCCUUGGAAGACUGGUCCACACUUUAGCAAUCCUGAUGUACUUGGCUGUCAACACUGUGGCAGUUACCGCAAUGGGAAAGGCACUGCUGGAGUUUGUUUGGGCUCUGCGUUUCCACACUGACUCGUAUGUGCGCCAGGGUCUUUUGUCCUGUAUCUCCUCCGUGCUCCUCAGUGUCCCUACAGAGCGUCUUCUGGAAGACAUGACAGAAGAGCUUUUGGAGACUCAGUCCUGGCUGGGAGAUGUGAUGGAGAAAGAUCCGGAUGGGGACUGCAGGAGGCUGGCCUUGCAGAACUUGCUACUAAUGGAGAACCUGAAAAAGAAACUCAAAACUGUCCCUUCCUAGCUGAAGGGUAAAA